AUGUCGCAUUCGAACGGAGAUGCGAGUAUACAGAUGCCACAAGACCAUCUACAGACACAAACGGGAGUUGAUGAGACGAUUGAGCUGCCAUCAUUGACUCAACUCGCGGUACAACAUUUGGAAAAGAUUCGAAAGGGCCGGUUGAGCUCCGAAGUGCGAGACAAGACUGUCCUAUGUCUACUUGACUAUUUGGGCGCUCUGGUCUCUGGACUGUCGGCACCCUGGGCGACGAGUCUGCUGAGAUAUGCUCAAGUCAGUAGUGGUGGAGGUGGCGGCGGCUCUCCAGGUCCGGGCACUUCGUCACAGAGCGGGUCGAAUGUCAUGGGUCUGGCCACGAGGUGUUCUGCCGAAACCGCGGCGUUCACGAAUGCUUCGAUUGCGCACAGCAUCAUACGAGAUGAUAUGCACCUUGCCGCGGGCGCUCACAUAGGCGUCAUGGUCAUUCCCUCGGCACUCGCGCUCGCCCAGAGGGACCACUGGUCCGGCGAACAACUUCUGAAAGCAGUCGUCGGCGGCUAUGAAAUGGCCGUCGCGCUGGGCAGCGCGGUCCGCCACUCCGGCACCUGUAAUCCGCAUUUCCGCCCCAGUGGGAUUGUAGGAGCUUUUGCAGGCGCCUCUACCGGCAUCGUGGCCGACCCUACCAUCACCUCUGCCCAGGCCGCACACGCGCUGGGCCUCGCUGCUAACAUGGCCGCGGGGUUGAACGAGUGGCCGUGGGCUGGGGGCGUAGAGAUGACGACACAAAUGGGCGCUGCGGCUCGCGCUGGAAUCACCAGCUACGACCUCGCAAAGGCCGGGAUGGGAAGUAGUCUGUCCGUGCUGGAGGGCAAGGACGGGCUCUUUGCAGCAUACGGAUGUGGUGACCGAGAUGUCGCCGCGACCUUUUUUCGUAACUGGCUUCAUGCUGCAGACGCAGAGUCAAAAAAUGACAAAGCAGCAGGAGGAGGAGUUUCAUACGGUACUGGAAUCAUGGGAGUCAAGUUCAAACCUGUGGCAGGCUGCAAUUUCAUCCAGACACCCGUGUCAGUUGCGCUUCGAAUGCAUGAUAGCCUCUAUGUCGAUGUCCAUGCCAAAGCCAAAGCCAAAGUCAACUUCCAAGUCAAUCUCGACCUGAAACUCAACAUGCCUGUAACCGGUAUGACGCCGAUUAUGUCGACCACCACCAACACCAACACUGACGCGAUCGUGGAUGUCGGUGACAUAGACCGAGUCACUAUCGUAACGACGUCGCUCGCCCGAGCCUACCCUGGCUGCGACCAUGCAGGACCCUUUGAAAAGGUCCAACAGACGAAGAUGAGUCUACAGUACGGUGUCUGUGCGGGUUUGCUGUUCGGCCGCGUCGACGAGUGGACGUACUUGCAGUUCUCCAACGAGGAUCUCAUCUCGCUCUUGGGCAAAUGCGUGCUCGAGACCGACGCAGCGUUCGAUGAGGAUCUGCACAAGCGAGGGAGACAGCCUUGUCGGCUCGAGGUCAGAAUGAAGAAGAAGGGUAACGGAGCGCAACUUGUGCAUCGUGACUUCAUGGCUGACGUCCCUUGGUUGAACGAUACCCCCGGCGCGGCUGUGGAAGAGCGCUUUCGGAAGGAAGUGGCGGCGAUCUUUGACCGCCGUGCUCCUCCAGAUGUGACAAACCGCGACGUUGUCGACGAUAUUGUUCUUGAAUGUCGUCGUCUUCUUGAAAAUGGUUCGAGUUCGGGUACAGAGAGGCUCUUUGAUUUGUUGGCCUCGCCUCCUCAGGGUCUCCCGGUACCAAGUUAG